AUGAAAAAAAUUGAUCAGUGGGGACUGGAAGUAUUUGAAGUCAAUCAGCUCACUAAUGGUAGACCAUUGACAUGUGUCACUUACAUGAUUUUACAGAAAAGAAAUUUUCUCGAAACUUUUAAAAUUCCUGUCCCCACCUUAUUACGAUAUAUUGGUACUGUGGAAAAACACUACCGAAAAGAAAACUACUAUCACAAUAACAUUCAUGCAGCUGAUGUUGCACAAUCCGUACAUGUUCUGCUCUCUUCCCCAGUUUUAUCGAGUGUAUUUACCGACCUAGAAAUAUUGGCUGCAAUAUUUGCCGGCGCAAUUCAUGAUGUUAAUCAUCCCGGACUGAAUAAUCAAUUUUUAAUACAAACUAUGUCAGAAUUAGCAAUUAUCUAUAACGAUGUAUCCGUACUAGAAAAUCAUCACCUUGCUAUGGCUUUCAAACUUUUACAGAACGAUGGGUGCGAUAUCUUUGCUAAUCUUUCAAAGAAAGAAAGGCAGUCAUUAAGAAAAAUGGUUAUCGAUAUGGUUCUUGCAACAGAUAUGUCAAAGCAUAUGUCUUUAUUGGCUGAUCUGCGAACUAUGGUAGAAGCUCACAAGUUUUCGAAAGGCAUUUCGCUUUCCAUAAAUAACUAUUCUGACAGGAUAAAAAUUUUGCAAUGUUGCGUUCAUUGUGCGGAUUUAAGCAACCCAACUAAACCGUUACAUCUUUACAAAGAAUGGGUUAAGAGGGUCUUAGAAGAGUGUUGGUGUCAGGGUGAUAAAGAAAGAAAUUUAGGAUUAGCUGUUAGCCCGAUGAUGGAUCGGCACAGUGUCUCUGUUGAAAAGUCUCAGGUUGGAUUUAUUGAUUUCAUCGUUCAACCUUUGUGGGAAACCUGGGCAGAUCUGGUUUAUCCUGAUGCGAAUAAAAUUUUAGACGCUUUACAAGAAAACCGAGAUUACUUCAAUUCGAAAAUCUUAACUAGCCCAUCCAUGGAGUAA